CGAAACUUUGUCCGAAGCCUGGCAGCCUAUUCGUUGAUGUCAUACUUAUUUAUGUUCAAAGAUCGGCACAACGGUAAUAUUCUGCUCGAUACUGCGGGCCAUGUGAUUCAUAUCGACUUUGGCUUUGUGUUUGGAGCUGCUCCAGGGGGCUCGUUCAGUCUCGAAAUGUCCACGCCUUUCAAGUUGACUGAAGAAAUGCUAGAUGUGAUGGGUGGAUUACGGUCUCCUCUCUUCUCUGAGUUCGUCACUUUGUUCUGUUGCGGUUUUUUGGCUUUGCAGUGUCACUCUGAAACAUUCCUUACAGUUGUGGAAAUCAUGAGCAAGGAUAGCACAUUCAAAUGCUUUGAAGGCAGAGAUACUGUAGAGGUUGUCGCUAAGCUUAAAGAGCGCUUCUGUACCAAUCUGAGCAAGGGAGAGACAAUUGCCUUUGCCCUCGAUUUGAUUAAACAGGCCACAACAUCGUAUGGCACUCGACAGUAUGACCUAUAUCAGUACAUGUCCCAAGGAAUU